AUGGAGAGAUUCGAGGAAUCAUUACAGUUUGAAAUAUAUCAAUGCAGUGUUUGUUUUGAAGCUUGGCCGAUCAAAAUACCACCGAAAACAGAUCAAUUUGUUUGUGGUCGUUGUAAAAGAGAUAAGGGCAUUCCUAAAAGAUUUAGUUCUGAAAAUAAAAUGAUACAUGCUUCAGUGCCAGUUGAAUUACAAGAUUUGACACAAGUUGAGGAAAUGAUUAUCUCGCGUGCAUUCCCUGUAAUGCAGGUUUAUCUGAAGCCUAGAUUUGGAACUAUAAGUUAUAGAGGCCAUGUUGUGACUUUACCUCAUAAUGUUCAAAAAAUUGCAAAUAUUCUUCCACGUAGUUCUAAGGACUUGCCAAUUCUAGAAUUUACAUUUAAAGGCAAAAAUGAAAAAAAUUGUAAUUUUAAGGUAAGAAGAGAAAAAGUUUUGCAUGCUUUAGUGUGGCUAAAACAAAAUAACCCAUUUUAUGAAGAUAUUGAAAUAGAUUUUGAAAGAAUAGAAUGCCUUCCUCAAAAUGAUUACAUCGUUGUUGAAGAUGUUGUAGUGGCUUGCGAGAGUGACAAACUUCAGUGUAGUUAUGACGAAGGCCCUAUCUCUGAAUCUGGCUUAAAAGAGAAUGUAGAAUCAACCAGUUUCUUAAACUCAAAUACUAUUGAACCAUUAGAGAAAGAUAGACUAGAUCGAAUUUUAUUAGAUCAAUCCCGUGAUAUAGGAGCAAGCCCAAUGAAUGAGUUUUCUCUGCCAGGAUUAGCAACUAUGGCAUUCCCAACCUUGUUUCCAUAUGGAUUAGGUGAUCCUACAAAUAUUGCUCUCAAAAGACAAAUUAGCCCACAUGAAACUGAAUCAUUUUCAAUGAUAUUAAAACAUCUUGUUAAAUUUGGUGAAAAAAUAAAUGGAAAGUGGCGUUACAGGUUUGCAGCACACCCACGAUUUGGAUAUUGGGCUUAUAAUAUGCUGUAUAGAAAACGGUUGCUUUCUCAAGGAAAUUUUUACAUGAAACAAAAUAUUGGUGAUUCAUUACUAACUGUUGAAGAAUUACAAGAAAUGCUACACAGUGGUAACCGUGGGUGUUAG